AUGAUCCCAAGAGAAGUUAGAGAAAAAUGUAGUUUAGAAGAGGAGGUUGAGGAUGGGCAUGAACAAGGAGGUGUAAGAAAUUUUGAAAAAAAUGAGUAUCAGCAAGGGGGAGAAGAAAUAGUAACGAGCGCAGUGAAUGGAAGUAAAAACAGAAAAGGCAAUAACAUAAAGUUAUUGCAGGGGUUGAGAAAAAAAUAUACAAAAAAAGUAAAACAAAAAAGAACGAUGUUUUUUCCAUUUCUGUAUGAUGGAGAAGCGGAGAAUGGUUCGAAGGAUGGAUGGAAUAGCGGCAAGAAUAACGGGCGAAAUAACGGCAGGAAGAACGGGUGGAAGAACGGAUGGAAGAACGAACCAAGGAAGGAAUGGCAAAAGAAUGUUUUGUCUCUUAUUGUAUUUUUAUUAAUUUUAUACAUCACAAGGAAGAGAAUUUGGAACGCGUAUGAGGAAAAGGAUGCGACGAAUGAUGGUAAGAGUUAUGGUUAUGAUAAAUAUUUUCCUAACAUGGGAGAAAAAAGGAGUGAAUCAUUUGUUAAGCCAUAUUUUUCGAAAAACAGAGAUAAAGAGAAUUUCGCUUUUGAAGACGAAGAAUUUAUUUAUACACCAAACAGAAAGAGUAAUAACACUAUACGUCUAAAGAAUGUAUCAGGAACGGAGAUUAUAGAUAAUAAUUUUUUAAGUGUAUAUUCAGAAAACAUGAAAUAUUUAAGACAGACAAGUUUAGAUUAUUCUCUUCAUCAGAGAGCAUUAUCUACAGAAUGUUAUGUAUAUUUUCGAAGUUUUCUAAAGCAAGCCAUAUCACCACACAGUUUAACAAAAGCAAUAAAAAUAGAUAAAGAGUAUAUAUAUCCAUGGGAUGUAAUAACUCAAGAUGAUGUAGAGAAAAUAAUUGAAAAUGCCAAAUUUUAUGGUUUUUUAUUUACAUGGUUUAAGAAUCAUAGAAAGGCACAAAAAGUAGAUAAUAUGAUUUUAAAAAAAGAAAUGCCAGUGUUAUCACCUCGAUUUGUACAAAGGACAGAUAUAUAUACACAUUUUUAUAAGAAAAAUAAUAUAAAUGAACCAAAUUUUUACGGUAUACAUUACACAUGGCUUGGCCAUGCAACUGGAUUGGUAGUAGUUGAUGGAUUUAAAAUAUUAGUAGAUCCAGUAUUUAAAAUUGAGUUAUUAAGUCUUAAAGGAAUAACUAGAUCGUUAAUAAAUUGGAUAAAUGUUAAGAUUAUGGGUGGGUUAGGGGAAAGGAUAUCAAAAUCUCCAUGUAAAAUUUCCAACUUACCAGAUGAUCUACAUGCUGUAUUUGUUUCACAUAAUCAUAAUGAUCAUAUUAUGGAAGAAGAUGUUAGAAUUUUAUGUAAGUUAAAAAAGUUCCAACAUGUUAUGUGGUAUGUACCUGAAGGUACAGCUAGUUUUUUUAUACGAGAAGGAUGUAAACCUGCUAAAAUUUUUGAAUUAUCUUGGGGAGAUGAAAGAUGGAUUUCAUGUUGGAUAUCUCAUAAACAAUUUCAAUGUAAAGAUGGUAUAUGGAAUAGUAAGAAUGAGGAAAAGCAAGUAUUAAAAUACAAAAUAAUUUAUGCACCUACCUUACAUUGGUCAGGUAGAAAAGACAACCAUAGUGAUAUAAAUCAGUCUUUGUGGGGAUCCUUAAUAUUAAAAGGUCCAAAACAUAGAUUUUACUUUUCAGGAGAUACAGCAUAUUUAAAAGAAGAUUUUGAAGAAUUUAAAAAAAUAGGUCGACUGCAUGGCCCAUUUCAUUUAGCAGCAAUAUCUAUUGGUGCAUAUGAACCGAAUAAUUCUUUAAAAUACCAUCAUGUACAUCCAUGGGAAUCAGUUAAGAUAUGGCGUGAUAUAAAAGCUGAGAUGGCGAUAGGUGUUCAUUGGGGAACAUUUCGCUUGUCAGCUGAAGAAUUUAUGCAACCAAGAGAUGAAUUAGAAGCAGCAUUGUUAGGUGUAGGAUUUCAUACUUUACGAAAUUCUUUUUUACCAUUUGAAAAAAGAAAAAUGGAGAUUUUGAAAAAAUAUGCUAUUAAAAAUGAUAAUGAAGAAGAAAGUGACAUGGAUGAUUUGGAUGAUUUAAAGGAAUAUUUUUAUCCACCAAAUGAAGAGAAUGAACAUGAAUAUACUGAUAGUUUUUAUUCCAUAUUUUCAAAGAAUAUGAAUUUAUUUUAUAGUGAUAUUGAUAAAAAUUAUGUCAAGCAUAUGUAUCAACAGAAAAAAUUAUAUGCAUCUACAUACAGCAGAUACAAACGAGCUUUGCUUUUGAGAAAUUCCAAGAAACUUCCAAAAAGUUGGAAAAAAUUACUUUUAAAUUUAUCCAUACGCUUUCAAACCAUCCCAAUUGGUGGUUCUAUGGAGGUAAUAUCAAAGGGAGAGGGGGAUAGUAACACCAUUUCCAUGACUAGAUCUACUGAAUAUAAUUCUUUGCAGUACGAGCAUUACACUUUUCCCAAGUGGUACAAGGACAAGGAGAAGGAGGAGGCCCCAAGCCAGAGUUCCCUUUCCAUGGAAGACUUGAUGGAUUUCCACAUUGUCAGUUAG